AUGCUUAAUCAAUAUAUUCGACAAUCAUCGAUUCCUUCAGUGAAUUCCAUCAGUAAAGAAUUUGAAUCGUUAAAAUGCAUUCCGAUUCAACAAGAAAAUCUCUUCAAUGGAACUUUUGUUCAAUAUUAUCAAUGUUCGAAUAAUAAUAAUCGAGGUUUGGUCACUAUAGAUAUAAUUUCAUGCAGCAAUUCAACUUCAACAACAACAAGUACUCAGACGACGACAACGACGACGACGACGACCAGCACUACGACAACCACCACAUCAACGACGACAACCACUACAUCAACGACAACAACCACUACUACAACAACGACCACGACAACGAAACCUCCUGAUCUAUGUAUGAAUGCGACAUAUAGUUAUUUUCAUGUGACAAAUCGUACAUCGAAUAUGUUCGCAGCAUCUAUCAUAUACAAUUGUACAUUUACAGACAUCUAUAACUUUACAAUAAUUUACAAUGAGCCAAGAUCGAAUUGUUCUAUAAAAAAUGAUUAUGGAGAUUUUACGGGGAAUAUCAGCGUCGAUGUGGAAUGUGUUGCGAUUGAAAAUAAAGCUGGAAGAAAUUUCACGUUUAGUCUAAAUCGCGAGUCUGUCGAAAAUGGAAGUGCUCUCAAUGAAUCAUUUAUUGUCACACUUCAACCUUUACCUCUAAAUUUGAUUAAUAUCAAUGUAACAAACGGCACAAUACCAGCAUCAAUUUAUAUGAAAGAUUGUGAGAAAACUGCGGAUAUCAAAUAUCUUGUAGUUCGAUGUAAUGGAUCCAAUACAUCUGAUACACCGUGUCUGAACAAUUGCACGUGUGUUUGUAACAAUUUAGAACCAGGAAAUAAAUACAAUGUAUCGUUAGUUCGAUUAGAAAUUCCCUUUGUAGAUAGUCCUGAAAAGUCCGCAGAAGAAAACAUAUCUUUAAGUUUUACUACAAAUUUGGAUAAAGCAAGGAAUAUCACAGGUGAACCACGGGAUAACGAUACGGCUUUGAUUAAUUUCAUAUGUCCACGCGGUAGUUUCCAACGAAUAUUUGUUAAUUGUACUUCUUAUGAACCAACAUGUACACAAGACAAUCGUCCUGUGUACACAAAUCUUACUAACUGUUCCACUUCUACUUCUCUUCCAAUAUUUCCAAUCACUGGAAAUUUGAAAUAUCAAUGUGAACUUUCCACAAUAAAAGAAGGUUUUACAAAUGCUGUAGCAAAUUCAAUCGAUAUUGACACAAAUACUAAAAAUAUAACAUUUGAUAUUCCCGACGCAUCAAACCAAACUGCGACGAAUAUUACUGUAAACCCUAAUCAUGAUUACGAGACAAUCGUUUUAGCAUGUGAUGUUAUUAAUAAUCCUUCAAACGUUUGUUCACGAUACGUACGGCGAUAUAAUAAAUGCUCGAACGUUGUAGAAUUUCGUGGAGUUCGUGGUUGUGAUUAUGAUUGUUCGUUUACAACUGAAAAAGCGACUUACGCGAAUAUGACUUCGAACAAUUUCAAUAUUUCAGUUUUUCCUAUAAAACCGAAGAUAAAUGUACAGAACAAAGGAUCUCGGUGGAUUCUUAUCAAAUGGGCAGUAGACGAAGAAACAAAUAUUCGAUCCUUUAACGUAAUCGUCAAUAAUAGUACAGAAAUAUCAGCUGAUCAAACAACACUUUCUUAUAAUUUGACUGAAGGUAUUGAACCCUAUCGUGGAUACUCAAUUUCUGUUGAACUUCUCUCAAAUCAAAAUAUUUCGUCAGAGACUAUCAGAAUAAAUACUUUACAAGAAGCACCACCUACACCGAAUCCUACAGUCAUUGAAAACAAACUUAUUCCCCAAGAAAAUCAUCCCGAAUCAACAGAUAAACAAUAUGUAAUUGAUUUUGACCCAUCACUCUUCUCCGAAGACUACGGUCCAAUCAAAAAAUAUUUAGUUUACGUUCGUCGCAAUGAAAGUAUCACUACAACUGAAAUAUCUUACAAUGGAACAUACGAGGAAGCAAAACAUAACGAGUCAAUCGACUAUUUAGCCACUGUGUUCAUAAUGGAUUCUUCAACACGAACGAUCCAAAAUAAUAUCAGUGUGUUACUCGGAAAUGAAACCGAUUGUUCAAAAGAAGUUUGGAUGUGCAAUGGUCCAUUGGAACCGGCUACUCUCUACAAAGUGAUUAUCAGUGCAUGUACGGAUAUUGGUUGUACGAAUGUUCUUUCUCGAAAAUUUCAAACUCAUGAAUCGCCGAAAUCACCGGGUCCAGUACUAUGGCCAUUGAUGUUUAUUGCUUUGGCUUUUGUUCUUGCGAUUGUCGCUUUUGGUGUAUGGAAACGACAACCGUUAAAGAAAUAUAUUAAAAAUAUUCGUAAUUAUAAAAAACCACGCACUGCAUCACUAUCAUUAAAAGAAACUUAUUCCAUUAUACCGAAAAGACCAAAACCACUUCAUAAAUAUCUCAAUAUGACGCAUGAGGAUGAAAGAGCAAUUUACAGCGAAUAUCAAGAAUUAGAAAGUGCGGCUCCUCCCUAUCGUCAAUCUGAUUAUGAUCUUGAAUAUGCGCAAAACGAUCGAUAUGCAAAUAUUCCUGCUCGAGGACCUUGGGAUCGUUCAGCUGUUCGGCUUAAUGCUGAUUAUCGUCUUCAUGAUUAUAUCAAUGCGAAUGAAGUGAAAGGAUUACAUAGUAAUAAACAAUAUAUUGCGUGUCAAGGACCCAAAUCCAACACCUGUCAAGACUUUUGGGAUAUGAUUCUUCAAUAUAAUGUUUUAAAAAUUGUCAUGUUGACAAGAACUGAAGAACGAAAUCCUCAUAAUCAGUCGCAACUCUUAGAGAAAUGUCAUCCUUAUUUUCCCGGAAACAAAGGUGACACAUUACAAUUUGGUGAAGUUACUGUCCAAACACUCGAAGUCGAUAUUCGAACAAAUGCUGAUCUAGAAAUUCGUCUUAUUCUCAUUAAAAGCGAGAGAACUGAACGUCGUGUUUGUCAUUAUUAUUUUACUGGUUGGCCCGACUUCGGUGUUGUUAAUCAACAAAGAUUACUUAAUCUUCUCGAAACAAUCAACAAUCACGAACACAGAUCGAUUUCCAAAGACAAAGAAUAUCGUUCACCGAUGGUCGUACAUUGCAGUGCGGGUGUUGGUCGAACUGGUACAUAUAUCGCAGUUGAUAUCAUCACGGGAUUAAUUAAUCAAGCAGAAUCAGGCGGUAAAUUAUCAACAAUGAGCCUCGAUGUCAUGGGUAUCGUCAGCAAAUUGAGAGAAGAUCGAUGCAAAAUGGUUCAAACUAAAGAUCAAUACAUGUUGGUUAAUCGUUGUGUAGAAGAAUAUCUAAAGCGAAUCAAUCGAUUAAACGAUGUUCUACAAGACUCGAACGAAUAUGAAAUUCCUACGUACGGUCCUGUGGUGACAGAAGAUAAUAUUUACCUAAAUGAAAGACAGAUUUCCAAACAACGUUCUUCAUCGUCGGUUUACGCAAAAGAAAGAUCUUCUCACGAUCGUCUACGGUCGAAUGUUGCUCAACGGCAACCCAAAUACGAUGGUUAUUAUAACGAAAUCAAUAACGAUCGCACUCCACCUGUUCCCGAUCGAAACAAUUAUGGAAGAGAUACAAACAAAAUGUAA